UGUUAUGUCGUCUGCUCGACUGACGUGUCUGUCGUUGACUCGGACAUCGGUUCUGGUAUACAAAAGUAAAUUUUACCGUAUUUUCUGAAUUGAAUUCCCGACUAUUUAAAGAAGAGUGGAGUUAACUAACGCGAGUCAGGAUGCCGGUUGAUCCUCUGUUCGACGUAAAAAACGCCUACUAUAUUGGCAAUUAUCAGGGAUGUAUCAAUGAAGCUCAACGCAUCAAGACUGACGAUAUUAACCAAAAAAAGGAUCUGGACGUGUUUAUUUAUCGUGCCUAUAUAUCGCUCAAAAAGUAUGCUCUCGUACUCGAUGAAUUAGAAAGAUACUCGGGUCCUGACGAAGUGCGUGAUCUUCGGUUGCUGGCAAAAUUUCUGAGCGCCGAGCCACAAGCACGGGUCCCGAUUUGUGAAGAACUUGAGAAAAAGCUGAGUGCCUUUUCAUCGAAAAAUGAAACCUUACUACUUGUAGGAGCAACCAUAUAUAUGCACCAGGGUGACAUUACCGGUGCACUUAAGGUGCUGUCCAAUUGCAGUUCUCUUGAGUCCAUGGCCCUAUCUCUUCAAUGCUAUAUACUGUUGGACCGGCUUGAUUUAGCUACCCAGGAGCUAAAUAUGAUGAUCUCUAGGGACGAAGACGCCUCUCUUACUCAAUUAAGUUCAGGGUGGCUGCAUCUCCGUACGGGCGGUGAUAAAUUGCAGGAAGCAUUCUAUAUUUUUACCGAGAUGGCCGAUAAAAAUACCAAGACGCCCCUUCUUGCUGUAGGACUAGCCAGCGUCCUUAUCGCCCAGGGUAAAUAUGAGGAGGCUGACCAAUGCUUGGCGGAAUCGCUUGAAAAGGAUCCCAACCAUGUGGAGACGCUCAUCAAUCAAAUCGUUAUCUCCCAGUUCCUUGGAAAGGGCCCUGAUGUGUGUGCUCGUUUGCUAUCACAAUUGAAAACUUCACAUUGUCACCAUCCUUUUGUGCGAGAAAUCCAGGGAAAAGAGCAGGAGUUUGAAAAACUUUGUCGUGCUUUUUCUGAGAUGGAUUAAGAAUCCUAUACUACAUAGACAAUAUAACAGGUACAUGUUUUCAUUGACCCAUUCAUCAAAUAGAAAAUAAAAGAGAAAUAAUAUGAACCAUAACGUGUAAUAUGAACCUUCUUUGAACUAAUAAAUAUUUCAUCGUAAAAUGUA